AUGACUAUGGUGGACAUACAAAAAUAUGUUUCCAAAGGUGGUAGGGAAACAUUGGAAUUUGGAUUAACCCAAAAUCCACUUCAAGCUGGAUAUGGUGAAAUUAUUAAGCUCGCUUGGCAACAAGAACCAUCAUUACGUCCAGGAAUUCAACUUCUCUUCAAUAUGAUGAAUGAAUUAUUUCAGAAAUAUAUAUUAAAUAUAAUUUCUCCGAUAGUACGUUGUGAAGAUGAUGACCAACAAGACUUAAGUAUCCCUGAUGAUAAUUUUUCUAUUUCUACACCAGUUACACCAUUACUUACGGUCAAAGAAGGUUUACAAGCUCACAAAGCACAUGAUUAUGAAAAGGCUUGGGGAUGUUUCAAAGGGAACGCCGAAGUAGGAGAUAUAUUGGCAAAAUAUUGGUGCGGGUAUUAUUAUCUGGAAGGCAGACAUGUAGAAAAAAACAAGAAACAAAAUCAAAAUAUUGAUAGUAGAAAGUUCAUGGAAUAUUUAAAAAUGGCAGCUGAUAAUAAUAAUGCUACCGCUCUUUAUAACCUUGGCGAUGUAUAUUUUUCAGGUAAACUUAAUUUUGAAAAGGACACACAAAAAGGUAUUAAAUAUUUAAGACAAGCUUGUUUGUAUGGUCAGUCUAAAGCAGUAGAAAUUUUGAAAAAACAUAAUAUAAAUAUAUAUGAAUGA